AUGCCAUGUACGAAUUGUAUGGCCAAGUAUUCGUUGAUUAAACGGGAGGUAAGAGUUUAGGUAGCUGUUUGUUGUUUUAGGUAUUAAAACGAUUGGAAUGUAUGGCAAAAGUAUAAAGUCGACAGAAGCAAGUCUUGCAACAAAUUUCUUUGAUUAAAAGCAAAACUAGCAUGUUUUAAGUCGCGGUAAUUGAAAAUAUCGUUUUAGCAUGGCUGUCCGUCUUGUGGUUACGGAUUUUGUGCCAAAUGUAUGUCAAAGAAAGCUGUAGUUGAACGAAUAAGUUCGAAACCGCUGGCGGUUUGUGAAAAGUGCUAUAAUAAGAUCAACGGCAAGGUAAUGGUUUUGAUUUUUUUAAAAUACUUGUAUUUAUAUCUUAUUAUAUACUAUAAUUGUAUGAAGGUUAAUAUAAAAAUAUAUUAUGCCUUACCCUAAUUUUAGGAAGAAAAACCGGAUGAAAAGAUAGAUUUUACUGAAAACGUGCCAGCCUCUUUUAAAGACGUUUAUGGUAACAAAGACAAGAAGGCUGUAAAGAAAAAGAGCGUCGAAAAGCCAACAUCUUCACGGAAUGUUGAGGAUGAGGUUGCUGAACGUCUAGCUCAGAUAAAGAACGUCUCAGUAGAUGAAGUUAAGAAGCCAAUGAAUAUGGUUGUAGAUUCAGAUGAGCGUGACAAUCGACCGUUGAUUUCUAAAGGAAAGGACAAGAAAAUGACAGCAGAUGAUGUUAUACAGAAGGCUUUGGAUGAUCCGGCUGUUAAGAACAAGGAUUUGGAUAGUAAGUUAGGGGAAUGUUGAGGAUGGGUGGAUGUAUUGUUAAGGAUAGGUGAAUAUAUUGUUUUGGGGGUAUUGCUUUUGAAAAUAAAAGUUUUUUGUCCAAUCAAAUUUAGAAGUGUUAAUCAUGAUAUUGGUUGUGUAAUAAAUGGUGUUUUAGAAGAAUAUCACGAGUAUCAAAUAAAGAGUAUUGAAGAAAGACUAGCCAAGUUGAGGAAUGUUCCAGUAGAAGAUAUUAGAAGUCCUAGAACUGUAAGUUUUUGGUUUUUUAUCAACAAGUUAUCAAAAAUAACCUUAAAGCUAUUAUAAUAGCUCUAAACACUAUAAAGGCUAUAUUAAUUUUAAAACCCUAAAAAAUUAAAAACUUUCAAAAAUAAAACUUUUUUAAUUUCAGAUGGUGACAAACCAUCCUGACUUAUCGGAUUCUGAUGUGGAACUCACGGACGACGCCAAAGAGUUGAUAGCAAUGGCGGAGAAAUCGUUGCGGAAGAAAGAGCCAGACCUUUUUGCCUACGAAAACGAAGCUUUAGACUCGGAUAUAGAAGACUCAACGGAUUAUAAACAUUAA